ACUAUUCAGUGAAGAAGUACAGGAGUAAAAGUGCGGUUAGUAAACAUUCCGCUAAAUGUUUCCGGUGUAGAACUAUCUGAAGAUAAUAUAACGUAUAGCAUAAAAGUAAAGCUAAACAUGUUUUCGUAACGUCGUUCCUGUGGUGAUGUGUUUGGGGUGUUAUUAGUUUGUGCUCAUGGUGUGAAAUUAACGACACACGUGCAAGGAGUCGACAGGAGACGUUUUUACAGUCUAAGGUCAGAAGUUAAAUUGUGUGUGUUUCGUCAUGAUUUUUACUUUUUAAAGAUUUUUAACUUAAUAUGGAUGAAAUGCCGUCACUUUCGCGUAAUGACUGUAAAGGCCGCGUUAAUGGGGAAAAGGUGAAGAAAAAGAGAAGUAAAACUACAGAGCAGCAUGAACUCACUGAAAGUCCACAAGAACAGACUGAGAAACGCCGUGAAAAGAAGGAAAAGAGGAGAAAAAGUAAAACUGAAUCUGAUGAUAAUCUGCAAACACAUACAGGCAAGAAGAAGAGGAGAAAGCUGGAUAAUGAAGGCGAGACUUCAGUGAUGGAUGAUGGUGUCUCAAAUCAGCAUGAAGCACAAACACAAGAGCUUCAGGGCUCAAGUGAAGAGAAGACUUCUAAAAGAAAGAAAAAGAGAGAAAAUGUGAAACAGACAAACCGUGAAGACAUGGCAAAAGAACAGACUGUAACCAGGACAGAGCCAAACACGAGUGAUCAUGAAAGGGGUCUUCUUGAUAUAAUGAUGGGCACUAAAAAGCGCAACACGAAGCAAUUACUUUCAUAUGAACCUCAAGUUGAUUUAAAGGCUUUGGAUGAACUGAAUCAAUUUUGCCCUAAAAUCACAUUAGAAUCCCGAAGCGCACGUGAUAUCAAUAAAAUGAUCAGGGUUGACCUGCCAAGGUUCAAGGAAUUCAGAAAACAAGGCAUCGAACUGAGACAUGGAAGAUUUUCUACCAUAGAAAAUGAGAGGUUAAGACGAAACGUAAGCAACUUUAUGGCUCUCACAGGAGUGAAAGAUGCCAUCAAGCUCUUUCAUCCCAAACGAUUCCCUAAAGAAUCCCAAACACUGGCAAAUUUGAAAAGGAAGCACAGUUUUUAUGUAAAGAUUGCGGAAGGAAUUCCCAGGCCUUGUCAUGAUGUUUUCACUCGUGGAACAAAAAUGUAUGAUGAUAGAAACAAAAAGGGAAAUUUUACUGAAGAAGAAGAAAAAUCACUGCUUAAGUAUUAUACACUAUAUGGUCCGGACUGGAAAAAGAUUUCUGACAAGACAGAUCGAAGUUCUUACUCCCUUGAGAAGCGGUUUUCACACCUUAGUAAAACGAGGGGACCGUGGACUACAAAUGAGGUGCAGAGGCUUUUAAGAGCUGUGCGUGAUCAUGUUGUAUCUGUGCUGAAAUCUGCAAACCCUAAAAAAAAGAAACCAAAAAGAGUCAGUAGAGAAAUACUGUACCAAACAUUACCCUGGUCCAAAAUUGCUGAGCAGGUGGAAACUCGAUGCUGGACCAAAUGCAGAGAUAAAUGGAUGUCCAUACUCGCUGCACGGAUGUCCUCAGGGAUUACAUUUAAAGGCAGGAAAGCUCAGGAGGCCAAAAUCCGACUCAUUAAAGCAAUGUAUGAAAUGCAAGUGGAGGAUGUUGUGGAUGUUGACUGGGAGCAUCUCACAGCUGUUUUUGGGGAUGUCCCUCCAGCAUAUGCUCAAUCAAGGUGGCACCAGCUAAAAGUCUGCUAUGUGCCAGAUUGGAAUAACAAGUGUUUUGCAGACGUUGUUGACUUUCUCUAUGAGAACACUUUGCCUGGUCUGGUGAGAGAGUGCAAAGACCUUGAUGAUGAUGAUGAACUUACGGUUGACCAGAUGAAAAGCUUUCGGCUAGCAGAUAUUUUUCAGGACAUUAAUGAGGAUAAAUGCUGUGACGGUGAUGAACAGACUGGCCAGCAAGAAAACAACAGCUCUACUUUGACUGCUCACAAUUCAUCUACACAGUUGAUAGUCUAAAAAUUCAAAUGAUUUACAUGUUUUCUUUAAGUUGUAUAUAGUUUCCUUUUUACUCUUAUGUUUUUUCAAUGACUUGAUCAGUAAAUAAAUUGAAUUUCUA